AUGUUUAUUGCGUUUGGAAGAAUGUACAGAGGUACAAAUCAUCGUGGUCAUGAAAUGUAUGUUCUAGGACCAAAACAUAAUCUAUCAAAAAUAACAGAUAGUGAUUUUUAUGUCGGCGAAAAAUGCACUUUGGCUACUUUAAAAUCUGAUCAACAUAUUAUGAAAACUAGCAUAACUAAUUAUUUGUACAUGUUAAUGGGUAUAGACUUAUAA